UCCAUUAAGUUGGACAUCGUCGUGCUCGAAGGUGACUUCAACAAAGACGAUGAGGAUAACUGACCCAAGAAGCGUUUGAGAGCCACGUGGUUAAACAACGUGAAGGAAAGAGGCCGCUUUUGGCUGGAGAUCUCGUAGUGAAGCUCAAGGAAGGUGUUGGGGAGAUGGGAGAACUGAUAUUUACUGACAAUUCCAGUUGGAAUAGGAGUAAAAGAUUCAGGAUAGGGCUUAAGGUGGCAACGGGUAGUUGUGGGAACACACGAAUCCGAGAAGCAAAAACAGACGCCUUCCAAGUCAAGGAACAUAGAGGGGAAGCAUACAUGAAACAUCAUCCACCUGCAUCUGACGAUGAGGUUUGGAGGUUGGAGAACAUUGCCAAAGGUGGGAAAUCUCACCAAAAACUGAGUGAUGCUGGAAUAUAUAAAGUGGAAGACUUUCUACUGCAACUGUUCACGGACCCCGAGAAAUUGAGAGAGAUUCUCGGAAAGAGCAUACCGUAGAAGAAGUGGGAUAGCCUGAUACG